AUUUUGUGUAUAAAACGAGAAAUUCAGUGGUAAGGCAGUGAUGAGUGAUAAAAAAAUUGAGCAACGCUGUGGGAAACAACCUGUGGGCGCAGCGGACGCCAUUUUGUAUCACUCGAGAUACACGAAAGUGAUUAUUUUUAUUGUAAUGCUCGGAAUGCUCCCCUGUGGAAUAACCCUCUACUGGGAAGCCACCGUCAUGCUCUCCUACCUCCCCCACCUGAGCUACCAACUGAUGCACCUCAUCGCCAUUGGCUGCGGCGCCCUAACAACAUCCCUACUCCUUCCAUACACCGGCCGACGACGCAUCUGCAUCAUCAGCUCUCUGUUCUUCUACCCGGCAUUCAUCCUCAACGCCCUCUAUGAAAGCAACCAUGCCGUCGAUUUAACCACACGCCUCUUCGCCGGUGUCGCCACUGCAGCCUACAUAACCUCAUCGAUCAUCUACGUGUCGGAAAUAUCACUACCACGCUUCCGAGGGCGAUACUGCGUGUUGACAUCAGGUGCCUAUUGGUUUGGUGGCGCCCUCUACGCGUUGUUACACUAUGUACAUCCAUUCGCCACGAUAUUACUGGUGAUAUGCAUGGUGUUGUUUUUCGUACUCGCGGUGAUUUACCUUCCUGGCACGCCAUUUUUUGUGGCGCAGCUUGGCGCUGAUAAAUUCGCGUCGGAGGUUUUGUAUUUCAUCCGCUGUGGGCCUCUAAGUCUACAAAAUGUGGAAUUUCAAGAGAUACGGAAGUUUAUUGACGCGCCCUGUAUGCAUCAAGGGUAUGGCAUGUUGAACAGAUUCCUAACCUCAAUUUUAUUAGUCACGUUUUCACAAAUUACUAGUUUCUUUUUGUUUUUAGUCAUCGCAGCUGUUUUUGAUGUGGUUAUCAUGACUAUUGUGGUUAUGUUAUGUUCCAUUCUGGGUAUAAUCAGUAAUUAUUUCUGUUUUGAGAAGGUAAAUCGUGCUACGAAUCUAAUCAUUAGUUUAUUUGUGAGUUUAUUAGGGAAUGUUGUUCUCUGCGUGUAUUUUUUAUUCGUGGAUGAUGAGAAAACCUCAAUGGCGGUUUUGGUGUAUUUGGCAACAGCGUUGUUUUUCUUAGGUUAUUUUAUCGGAUUAACGAGUAGGUUUUAUUUAUUCAUGGGUGAGGUGUUUCCGUUUAGGGAUAAACCGAUUUGUGUCGGGUGUGCUGUCUGGGGAUAUUUUAUUUCUUUUUCUUUGUGUGCGUUUUUGACGCGAGAGUUUUGUAUUGCUUUGGGACCUUUUAUGACUUGUGUGUAUUUUGUGUUGCAUAACCUACUGGGGUUGUUGUUUGUGAAGCUCAAGAUGCCGAGGUAUACAAAUGUGAAAUUGUUGGAUGUGCAGAAAUUUUUUGAAGAAUAA